AUGGCGGAUCUUUCGAAAUACAAUCCCGGCCCCUGACAUACCAGAGGAGGCAGCCGCGGCGACAUCGCCACCCCGGCUCCCGCCUGGGUCCCCGGGUACCCUGUAGUGCUUCUUUUCGGGCAAACUGGGAAAGGAAGCAGCUGGACAGAGCUACCGUGCACUGGCAAAACAAGCACUGCCCGGGCUCGGAAUUGCCCGGGACCUUCUGGAGCCCGCUCCUCAGAGCCGGAGGGUGGAGAAAGCAGCAGCCUCUGGAGCACCUGGGCAUCUUCCUAGAAGCAGAGCGAUCAUGGAGGUGGUGCCGGCCGAGGUGAAUAGUUUGCUUCCAGAGGAGAUAAUGGACACUGCCAUAACUUUAGUGGAUGAGGAUAGUAUUGAGGCUGUAAUUGUGUCAUCCCCAAUUCCCAUGGAGACAGAACUGGAAGAAAUUGUCAACAUAAAUUCUACUGGUGACUCUACAGCCACGCCCAUUUCCACGGAACCAAUCACAGUGUACAGUAACCACACUAACCAAGUUGCAGUGAAUACCACAGUUACUAAAGCAGAUUCUAAUACCACAGUGAAACCAGCAUUUCCAAGUGGCCUUCAAAAACUUGGUGCUCAGACUCCUGUGACUAUAUCAGCCAAUCAGAUUAUUUUAAACAAAGUAUCACAGACAUCUGAUCUUAAACUUGGCAAUCAGACCCUUAAACCAGAUGGACAGAAGUUAAUUUUAACAACUUUGGGCAAGUCUGGUUCACCAAUUGUUUUAGCACUACCCCAUAGCCAACUACCCCAGGCUCAGAAAGUUACAGCUCAGGCCCAGCCAGGAGACGCUAAGUUACCACCGCAGCAAAUUAAAGUAGUCACCAUUGGAGGGAGGCCAGAGGUGAAACCUGUCAUUGGUGUCUCGGCACUGACCCCAGGAAGUCAACUGGUUAAUACUACACCUCAGCCCUCUGUGUUUCAGACCCAACAGUUAAAAACAGUGCAGAUCGCUAAGAAGCCUCGAACUCCAACCUCUGGUCCAGUGAUCACGAAGCUGAUCUUUGCAAAACCAAUUAAUAGUAAAGCAGUCACAGGACAGACAACUCAAGUGUCACCACCAGUCGUCACAGGUAGGGUUCUUUCACAGUCUACCCCUGGAACUCCAUCAAAGACCAUAACAAUAUCGGAAAGUGGCGUUAUUGGAUCGACUUUAAAUUCUACAACACAGACACCAAAUAAGAUAGCCAUCUCACCUUUGAAGUCACCAAAUAAGGCAGUGAAAUCAGCUGUGCAGACCAUCACUGUUGGAGGGAUGAACACAUCACAGUUUAAGACCAUCAUUCCUCUGGCAACUGCUCCCAAUGUCCAGCAGAUCCAAGUACCUGGAAGCAAGUUUCAUUAUGUCCGACUUGUUACCGCCACAACAGCCAGUAGUUCAGCCCAGCCAGCUAGUCAGAAUCCCAGUGUAAACACUCAGCCUCUUCAGCAAGCAAAACCAGUGGUUGUUAACACUACCCCCGUCCGGAUGUCAGUUCCAUUCGUCCCUACUCAGGCCGUUAAACAGGUUGUUCCAAAACCAAUCAAUUCAACUUCACAAAUUGUAACUACUAACCAGCCACAGCAACGGCUUAUCAUGCCUGCCACUCCACUGCCUCAGAUCCAGCCCAACCUCACUAACCUGCCACCAGGCACUGUGCUGGCACCGGCUCCAGGAACAGGGAAUGUGGGCUAUGCGGUGCUUCCAGCUCAGUAUGUUACUCAGUUGCAGCAGUCUUCAUAUGUAUCUAUAGCAAGCAACUCUAAUUUUACUGGAACAUCUGGUAUCCAGACACAGGCAAGGCUUCCAUUCAAUGGCAUAAUCCCAUCAGAGUCUGCCAGUCGGCCCAGAAAACCCUGUAAUUGUACAAAGUCACUGUGUUUGAAAUUAUACUGUGAUUGCUUUGCAAAUGGUGAGUUUUGCAACAACUGCAAUUGUACCAAUUGUUACAACAAUUUGGAACAUGAAAAUGAAAGACAAAAAGCAAUAAAGGCAUGCCUUGAUAGAAAUCCGGAAGCCUUUAAGCCGAAGAUAGGGAAAGGAAAGGAGGGGGAGUCUGAUCGGCGGCACAGCAAAGGGUGUAAUUGCAAGCGGUCAGGAUGUCUGAAAAACUACUGUGAGUGCUACGAGGCUAAAAUAAUGUGUUCCUCAAUCUGCAAAUGCAUUGGCUGUAAGAACUUUGAAGAAAGCCCAGAACGGAAGACCUUGAUGCACUUAGCAGACGCCGCUGAAGUGAGGGUCCAGCAGCAGACGGCAGCCAAGACCAAGCUGUCCUCUCAGAUCUCAGACUUGCUGACGAGGCCGACCCCAGCUCUGAACAGUGGAGGAGGAAAAUUGCCAUUUACAUUUGUAACUAAGGAAGUAGCUGAAGCCACGUGUAAUUGCCUUCUUGCCCAGGCAGAGCAGGCAGACAAGAAGGGGAAGUCAAAGGCAGCGGCAGAGCGGAUGAUACUUGAGGAGUUUGGACGGUGUUUGAUGAGCGUCAUCAACUCUGCAGGAAAAGCCAAAAGUGACCCCUGUGCCAUGCACUGCUAACUCCUGCACAAAAGGCGGACGUGAGCUGCACAGAGAAUUUAAGGUGCCAGGACAUUGGAUUGUCUAGAAGAUAGUUAACAAUUACUGAAUUCUAACUCGGCCCUUGUUUUAAGAGACCUGAAACUCUAGUAUUGAAUGAGAAGAAAAUUUAAAUGAAGAAAUUAGUACAUUUUAAAUCUUAGUUAAUUCUGCCUCUGUCCCUUCUAAAUUUUUUCUUUAAAAUUUUUUCUUUUAUUGUAUUAUAUAUUUUUUAAUUUGCUUGGGUUUCUUAAGAAUUAGAUGUUCUGUCCUUCUGAUUCUAUUGACAAAGUACAUUCAUAAAUUAUUGUAAUAUCCUUUAUAAUGUAUGGUGUUGUAUGACUUUGUUCAGUAGACAGAGCCAAAGCAGCGUGGGUAGGACCCAUUCUUUGGCUCCAGAUCCAGAAUAUUCACAGGUAGAAUGUCCACAUAACCAGAUUCUUUUUUUUUUUUUUUUUUUUUUUUUUUGGUUUUUGAGACAGGGUUUCUCUGUGUAGCUUUGCGCCUUUUCCUGGAACUCACUUGGUAGCCCAGGCUGGCCUCGAACUCACAGAGAUCCGCCUGGCUCUGCCUCCCGAGUGCUGGGAUUAAAGGCGUGCGCCACCACCGCCCGGCCUAUAACCAGAUUCUUAAUGAAACAUAUAAUAUUUUGUCUAGAAAACACCAUCCUUUUAAAGAACAAUCAGCUUUUUUGGGUGGAUUCUGGAAUACUGUCUGUUGUCUUUGGGAAAUUGGAAGGGGAAACAAUCCCCAUCACACUUUUCAGAUAUGAAAGUUGUAUUUUCUGUAAAGAAAACAAAAUAUUAAGGGACAGUAAUUUUCAGAGGAUGGGCAGUAUGUCUCUGAUGAGGAAUGGCUAACAUGUUCUGGAAUGUCUUCAUUUUCUUUGAAGGAAGUGGUAUAUUUUAUAAUAAUUGUCGAAGUCAUUAUUGAUAACUUCUAAAAUGAGAGAUUGUGUGAAUUGAAGUAAACAUUUCAUGCCAAGAUAAUAUAGGACUCAUAAGCAUCAAGUAUAAAAUUUGACUUGGAUGGAGAAGCAAGAACACAAAGCUGUGAGAUCAUGUAUGAUGAAGUUUUUAUCCACACAGUUCUCUGUAGACUUUUGGAACUAAGUUUGAAUCAAUGUAUUAACUAAUUUACUGAAAUGGGCUUCUAGCAGCUUUCACUAUUGUAGUGAGCUACUUUUUAUAAAGGCAGUUUAAUUCAGCAUUGUUUUUAGCCAGUGAUUUGGUAAGCUGGGGUAUGUGUGUUCUCAUAAUUGCAAAAAUGACUUAAAUCAUUUUCCGUAAUUAAAGACUGUGUGAUCUUAAGGGCCUGUUGUAGCAGGACUCUUGAGUUUAGGACAAGGGGGGAACUAUGUUGGAAUUGAGGCAUUUUGUAAGGUACCUUAGUCCUUGGUAACUAUUAGCAUAUGCUUAUUAUUACCCUUCCUACAAGGAUUUUAUAGUUGUAUGUAGUAAGUGUGUACAUAUGUUCAUAUGAACAUGAAAGAUACAGGCAAUAGAAAUUAAUGAAAGAGGAUUCCGUUAUUCAUUAAACUAUCCUUUUAAAGUGUGGAUUUAUAAAUUAUAGGGCAGUGACUUUAAAUGUAGAUAAUGCAGACAUUCUUAGCACCUCAGUCUAGUGUGUCGAAGUAAACUUUGUAUAAAUGUAAAUUAGUCUAAAAGGACAAAAUAAUAUCUAAUCAAGUUAUUUUUCAAAAGACUGCAAUAAGUUUUUGGUCUAAACCUGAACUUUGUUCAUUUUGUAUAUAUUAUGUGUUAAUUCUAAUUGCACCAUUGUGAUGUGUAUUUAUAUACAGUGUGCAAAAUGUUUGUGAAUUUUUGAUUAUAAUUGUAGAUUAUGUAUGAUGGCAUUGCUUAAGAAUGUUUUGCUUGUAAAAAUUUGAAGGUGCAAUCAAAUGCUACUAGUUUUGAUUUUUCAGAAGCUUCCUGAAGUAUCACGCCCUUCCUCCUGUCUGGUACUCACUGAACAACCUUUGUAUUAGGCAUUUGCAUCACUUCGCUGAACAAAGUUAACAGCCACAUAAGUCACCAAUUUUAAAAGAUUAUUUGGGGAGGGUUCGGUAUAUAAUUUUUAAGCCCUAUUUACAUCCCAAAGUAGAAAGAUUAUAUUUACUAGAGCUAUUCAAAAAGUACACUUUUCUAUAUUGUAAAAACAGGACAGAAGAAUAAAUCAUACAGAAAAUAAACAUUUAUACUCUUCUGUAAGAAACAAAAAGGUUUUGCAUUUUUUUCUUUAGUUCAGUAAUAGCAGUUUUAACCAUUUCCCAUGCAAUAAGCCUUUUUAGCUACCUAAUUUUCAAACCCAUUGGACAUUACUUCUAAGAAAACCUGGAAGCUCUCCUCUUUGCACAGUUCGUUAGUGUGAACUGCAUUGAAAUGAGAAUAUGUCUACGCUUUUUCCACUUCUGUGGCAGAAAUGCAGUCUACUCUCCUAGAUGCAUGAUGCUUUCUGAAACAGUAAGAGCCAGCCACCUAUGGAUCUUAUGUUUGAGAUGGGAGCUUGGUGUGUGGAUACUGAAGUGAGCAGAGCACCGGGUGAAGGAGGAGGAUGGGCUGGCUUAGCAUCCCCAGUUUUUGAUACUUCAUAACUGACAUUUUGCAAUCUUAUGUAAAAUGUGAAUAAAAAUAGCUUCAGAAAGUUUUUCUAUUUUUGUUCUGUAAUGCUGAUUAGAAAAGGAAUACUCACCACACCAUUGAAGCUUACCUAGGACCUUCAGCUCCACCUCUGGGAAAUCAACUCCCUUCAGCAUUCUGGUUUGCUGUUGUACUGAGGGAGAUGAACUCUGGGCCUUGGGUGGCCAGCAAGCACGCUGUCACUGGGCUGCACCCACAGCCCCGUCUCAAGCACCUUAUGGAGUGUUUUUGGGCAUCCAUGCAAAGCCCCCAAACCAGCCAGUUAGAAUGUACUAUCGAAGUGCUUCCUAUUACUAUAUUAGUGAUUAGUUUGCCUCUGUCAGGGAUUGAACUUAGGACCUUGUUCAAUUCAUGUUGGUCCAGUGUUCUGCUACUGAACUCCAUCCCCCAGUUGGGAAGCUAUUUUCUGUUACGUAAAUUAUUUAAGCUUACCUCCUUGUUCUGGUACAGUUUCCUUAAUGCUUAUCUGUAGAGCCAAUGUGAGUUUUUUAUUGUGUUUAUUUUGGUUUUUGGUUCCCUCUGCCCCUCUCUCCCUUCCUUCCUUCCUUCCUUCCUUCCUUCCUUCCUUCCUUCCUUCCUUCCUUCACACUCUCCCUAUUUAACCUAGGGCCUGGACCUCGGAUUCCUAGCAGUCCUCCUGCCUCAGCUUUUCAGUGUGCUGGGAGGAAUUGUAGACGUGAGUUGCUCACCUGACUUUUCUGUUUGGUUGGUUUGGUAUUUUCGAGGCAUUGUCUCACGGAACUCAGUCUGGCCCCAGGAAGUGAGGAUUGUGCUGAGCCCUGGUCCUCCUCUCUCUCACCUCCCAGUCUGUGACAAGUGUGUCACCACACUUGUGUCGUGUGGGCUGCUGCUUUGUUUGUUUUAUUUGCAAAGAUUCAUUUUUAAUUGUGUGUAUGUGGCUGGGGGAUAUGGGGUAAAAUAUGUAAAUGAGUAUGGAUGCCCCCCAAAACCAUAGUUGUCAAGUCCCCCGAAGCCGGAGUUAGAGGUGGUUGUCAACUGCCCCAAUUCAGGUGCUGACACCAGAACUCAAGUCCUCUGCAAGAGCAGUAUGAGCUCCUGACCACUGAGUGGUCGCUCUGCCCCUAGUUGUGUGUGGUUUUGUUUUUCAAGGGGCUUUUAGAACCUCGAUUGGAUCCAGGGCUCUCCACGUGCUAAGCAAGCGCUUUUCACCCUCUGAAGUAGGCUCCAAUAGUCAUCGGAUUUUUUUUUUUUUUUUGAGACAGUUUCACUAUGUAAACCUUGCUCACCUGUACGCAGCUCAGCUAUGUAGACCAGGCUUGACUCGAACUCACAGACCUCUGCCUGCUUCUGUUUCUGCAAUUUUGAGGAUUAAAAAUGUGCACCACUA